GUAUUCGAACCGGACGUCUACUGUCGUGAUGCUACUGCACAAUGGCUCCAAAUAACCCAACAUGACCUCCCACACCUGGACGCGCGACCAACCCAGAAAGUUUGGGACGAUCCCAUAAUUCGCGACACCGCAGAUCGGCUACGAGCGACAGCCGGGAAUGACAUCUCCGAACAGGCAAGGCUGAGAGGUGUGAGCACGAAAGAAAAUGGGGCAUGGUUAGAGCGCUGCCGGUUGCCUCCCUUGGCAACCUUCUUACGGACUCCGUGGUAAGAAUCGCCGUUGGUUUGCGUCUGGGUGCACCGGUAAUUACCCCACACCGCUGUGUAUGCGGUGAAUGGGCGGAUGCUCGAGGCUACCAUGGUCUAAGCUGCAAGAAAAGCCGAGGACGAAUCCCCACACAUAAAUGCCUGAACGCCAUUGUGAAACGUAGCCUCGCAUCUGCUGGUUUCGAAAGCGAACUGGAACCGCAAGCUAUCUUUCCAACAGACAGUAAGCGACCAGACGGAGUUACCUUGACACCAUGGGAUAGAGGACGAAUGCUGGCAUGGGAUGCUACUUGCGUCAACACAAUGGCCAUAUCGCAUAUUAUUGCGACAUCCGCACGAGCGGGAGCAGCAGCAGCACAGGCCGAACAGGGCAAGAUCGAGAAAUAUCGCGAUAUCGGCCAAGAGUACUGGUUCCGUCCUCUGGGUUUUGAAACGCUCGGGCCGCCCGGACCGGAAGCUGCCCGCACGAUAACGGAAUUUGGACAGCUCAUACAACAAGAAACUGGCGAAAAACGUGCCACGGAAUACCUUCGCCAACGGAUCAGCAUUGAAAUACAACGAGGAAAUGCGGCAUCGAUCAUGGGGACAGCGCCAUUGGGAGCAAAUUUAGAUCAAAUUUUCUCUGUAAUUAGGCCGCCCCUCUCGAUUGAUGCUUAAUAAGAGUAAUUGCCUUCUAAGUUACUGUAAAUGCUUUGGUGAGGAAAAAUAAUAAACAAAAUGGGUGUACCAUAAAAAAAAAAAAAAUUGGCCGUCAUAUUUACGUCUAGAAACUAAAAAGCGUGUCUGUUACUUCAUUUGUGCGUCGCUGGCUUUCCUUAGCAACGAAAUUGAACAAUGGGCGCGUCUGUAACUGUAGAUCUUGUUGGUUGUUGGUUAAUCAGCUAGGAAUGGAAUCGUUUUGCAUGCAUUCAU